AGGGUGGGUGGAGCUAGAGCCGGCCAAGGAGGCACAGCUGUUAGCAAUCCUUAAGAGGGAAGGGAGCGGUUUAAGGUUUUCCCCGGUGUGGCACGAAAGGAGGAUCCGUCGAGAUCCAUUGGGAUCCACCGGGGGAUUCUGAUUGGCCGCCGCUCCAGAUGAUCCUCUUCCCCAAAGUGCCUCCCGCAUCAAGGAACCUAAGAGUUCACGGGAGGCUCCCAUGCUCCCCAGCCAGCAGGAGAGGCAGCGGAGGUCGCUCCUCCGGCGGGCGGAACCAGCCCAGACGCAGUUUUAAAGGCCCGGGCACCAGACGAACGACGGCUGCUCCGGUCCUUUUCCCUCGAUGCGCCCGGCGGCUCCGGCACGCCCCUCGCCCCGCCAUGGGGUCGUGCGCGACCAAAGAAUUCCUCACGAGGGCCCACAAGGAGAGAGGCACUGUUCCUCUGCCGGACCAGGAAGGCAGCAAUCCACCUGUUGCCCCCCCCAAAGAAAGCACCUCUGAGAAGUCCUUGCGGGGCUCCGGCGGGGCUACCUUGGCGGCCUACGACGUGACAGCCCUUGCUACCUCCUCCCUGCUGGGCCUCAUCCAGAGCUUGAAGGACCACGUCACCAAGCCCACCGCCAUGGCCCAAGGGCGCGUGGCCCACCUCAUCGAGUGGAAGGGCUGGAGUGCUCCCCCCGUGGGCUGGGGGCAGCCCCCCACGGAAGAGAUGCUGUACGAGGAGCUGACCGACGAGCUGAAGGAGGCUCGGUUUGCGGCAGGUGUGGCUGAGCAGUUUGCCAUCGCGGAAGCCACCCUGAGUGGUUGGUCUUCCCUGAACGAAGAGGAGCUGAGUGACAGGCGAGGUUCGCAGGACGUGAUCCAGCUGCAAGCAGGCAGCCUCCAGACCUUCGCGCUCUCCAACCAGGAAUCCCCCAUCCCAAGCAGACCCUUGAAGAAAGCCAAUGAGUGGAGCAGGGCCAACGGCAGCUUGGGAAGGCCAGAAGGGAACCCGCCCAACGCCCGUAGAUGGCAGCAGAGUGCCACAUCCCUGCGCUACGUGGACAGCAGCUCUCCCUCCGAGGAUGAGGUCUUCUACGACUAGAUUGGGGAGACUGG